AUGCCUUUCUCUCGCGUUUUGUCAGUUGUCGGGUGUCAUGCCGAAGGUGAAGUCGGCGAUGUGAUCACUGGUGGUGUCUUGGAUGUUCCUGGCAGCACAAUGUACGACAAACUGGUUCAUUUUCUGAACAAAAAAGAUGAGCUCCGUCAGCUCCUUUUGAAUGAGCCUCGAGGUCGAGCCUCGAUGAAUACAAACCUGAUCUUGCCACCGUGUGAUCCCAGAGCCGAUGCCGGGUUCUUGAUCAUGGAAAGUGAGGAGUACGCACCAAUGUCUGGGUCCAACACUAUCUGCACGGCCACAGUCCUGUUGGAGACCGGUAUGGUUCCAAUGAAGGAGCCGAUCACGGAAUUAAGUUUGGACACCGCUGCUGGCCUGGUCACCGUGAAAGCAGAGUGUGAAGCAGGGAAAUGCAAGUCCGUGGAGUUCGAUAACGUCCCUGCAUUUGUCUUCAAACUCGACUACCAAGUCAAUGUGCCGGGUAUUGGAGAGAUUUUGGUUGAUAUUGCCUGGGGAGGAAUGAUGUAUGUGCUGGUUGAUGCUGCCUCUGUUGGGUUGAAGAUCGAUUCUCAACAUAGCACACAGCUGGUGGACAUUGGCGAGCGCGUCAAACGUGCUGUCCAAGCAUCAUACACCCCUAUUCAUCCAGAGAAUCCUAAGAUCAGGGGGGUCACCAACAUAGUCAUCACCGAACCUCUGACGCAAGAAGGUGAUUGCAAAGGCGCGGUAAAUACCGUUGUUGUCUCGCCCGGGCGGUUUGACCGAAGUCCUUGUGGAACGGGGACAUGUGCUCGACUUGCAGUGCUACAUGCUCGGGGUCAACUUUUGGAGAACGAGAUCUUCAAGCAUCGCAGCAUCAUCGGGACAGAGUUCAUGAGCCGUAUCCGGGGCGUAACACAGGUUGGCGAGUAUCAAGCGGUUCUUCCAACUGUUUCAGGGCGGGCUUGGAUAACCAGUUUCAAGCAGAUCGUGUUGGACUCUACUGAUCCAUUUCCGAGAGGGUUUAGAGUUGGAGAUCAGUGGAAAAUGCUCCCGAAUUGA